GCGGCCCGGUCGCUCCCGCUGCAGCUGCUGGCCGGCGCGCUGUGCCCUGACAGCUGGGCCUCGGCCGCUCUCGUCUCGGCCGCGUCCCGGGCCGCCGCUGGUGACCACUCGCCGCGCUGCCGGAGGCUUCACCCGCGCCCUCCCUCAGGACGCGCCCGCGGAGCUCGGGCGCCUUCGCCCCGGACCCGGAGGCCGCGCUGCGCGGGGCGGCGGCGAGGCUGGAAGAUGGCCUGGGUGCUCAAGAUGGACGAGGUGAUCGAGUCCGGGCUGGUGCACGACUUCGACUCCAGCCUGUCCGGCAUCGGGCAGGAGCUGGGCGCCGGCGCCUACAGCAUGAGUGAUGUAUUGGCAUUGCCCAUUUUCAAGCAAGAAGAUUCCAGCCUUUCUUUGGAUGGUGAGGCCAAGCACCCCCCAUUUCAGUAUGUGAUGUGUGCUGCGACUUCACCAGCUGUGAAACUGCAUGAUGAGACCCUCACUUACUUGAACCAAGGCCAGUCUUAUGAAAUUCGGAUGCUGGAUAAUCGCAAAAUGGGAGAUAUGCCUGAGAUCAGUGGAAAAUUGGUAAAGAGCAUCAUAAGGGUGGUGUUCCAUGACAGACGGCUACAGUAUACAGAGCAUCAGCAGCUUGAAGGCUGGAAGUGGAAUCGCCCAGGAGACAGACUUCUCGAUUUAGAUAUUCCAAUGUCUGUGGGAAUAAUUGACACAAGGACAAAUCCAAGCCAGUUAAAUGCAGUUGAAUUUCUGUGGGACCCUGCAAAGCGCACAUCUGCCUUCAUUCAGGUACACUGCAUCAGCACAGAAUUCACUCCACGGAAGCAUGGAGGUGAAAAGGGAGUGCCUUUUAGGAUCCAGGUUGACACCUUUAAGCAGAAUGAAAAUGGAGAAUACACAGAUCAUCUUCACUCAGCUAGCUGCCAAAUCAAAGUCUUUAAGCCUAAAGGUGCAGAUAGGAAACAAAAAACUGACCGAGAAAAGAUGGAAAAGAGAACAGCUCAUGAAAAAGAAAAGUAUCAGCCAUCUUAUGACACCACCAUCCUCACAGAGAUGAGGCUUGAGCCUAUAAUUGAAGAUGCAGUUGAACAUGAGCAGAAAAAGUCCAGCAAGCGGACUUUGCCAGCAGACUACGGUGAUUCUCUGGCAAAGCGAGGCAGUUGUUCUCCGUGGCCUGACACUCCCACAGCCUAUGUGAAUAACAGCCCUUCCCCAGCGCCCACAUUCACCUCCUCACAGCAGAGCACGUGCAGUAUCCCAGACAGCAAUUCUUCAUCCCCAAAUCACCAGGGAGAUGGAGUUGCACAGGUGUCUGGGGAACAAAUCCAGCCUUCAGCUACAACCCAGGAAACACAGCAGUGGCUGCUCAAAAACAGGUUCUCUUCCUACACAAGACUGUUCUCUAAUUUUUCAGGUGCCGACUUAUUAAAGCUGACAAAGGAGGAUUUAGUUCAGAUUUGUGGUGCAGCCGAUGGAAUUCGGCUCUAUAAUUCCCUAAAGUCAAGGUCAGUUAGACCCCGCUUAACCAUCUAUGUCUGCCAGGAGCAGCCGAAUAGCACUGUGCUGCAAGAGCAGCCACAAGCUGCCGGCAGUGGAGGCGAGAAUGGCAGUGGGACACCCUGCGUUUAUCAUGCAAUCUACUUGGAAGAAAUGGUUGCCUCAGAAGUUGCUCGAAAACUUGCCCUGGUGUUUAAUAUUCCUUUCCACCAAAUUAACCAGGUUUACAGACAGGGCCCCACUGGUAUCCACAUUCUUGUUAGUGACCAGAUGGUUCAGAACUUUCAAGACGAGAGUUGUUUUUUAUUCUCCACAGUGAAAGGUACUUUCCAUGUAUGUCUGCCUCGGCAUGUUGUGAUCAUGAAGGACAGUGUGACCCUGAUAGUAGCUCUCUUGUGUGCGCAUAUUCUAUUUUUGUUUGUUUGUUUUUGUUUAUUCCAGACAGGGUUUCUCUUUGUAGCCCUGACUGUCCUGGAACUAGCUCUGAACACCAGGCUGGCCUCCUCUGCCUCCCGAGUGCUAAGAUUAAAGGCAUAUGCCACCACCGCCUAGCUAUGUGUGAAUAUUCUUGAAAAAGAUGUCUUAGCUAAUUUUAAGAGGUUGGAACAUGGACGAGCAGUAAUUUUAGUGUUUCUAAUAGAAAUGAUCUAGUAGCUGUAGAAAGGGUUGGUUUUUCUAGGUGACUGUCCAUUCGCCAGUGUCUGCUGAGCAUCACAUCCCAGACUGUUAGUGCUUGAACAAGACCAGGACAGGGGGAGUCAGAGUUGGCCACAGGCACAGACGAUGACCAGUAUUAAGUGCUGUGAAGAGAAAGUGGGGGGCUAAUCAGGGAGGGGAAGCAUGGCGCUGUUACAGAAGGCUUUUCUGAGGUGAUCUGAAAAAUGAGCUGGCCACAGGACUAGCCCAAGGGCAGCGUGGGACUGUGCAGAAGAAUGCACUUGGCUUCUGUGAGGCCUGGAAGAACGCCAUGCAGCUGCCAUGUAGGGUAAGGGUGAGUGGGGUCAGGGAGAGGCAGGCCCUGUUACAGUGAUGGCUGGUGAUGAUGGUCAUUGACUCUUACUCAGAUGGCUUGGGAAGUUAGUGAAGUGGUUUAAACAAAGGAAUAAUGGGGUUGGGUUUUUCUUCUACAACUGUGGAAAUAACAAGAUGGCAAAACUGGAAGGUAGGCAGUCUGUCUAGGCCAGAGGUAACGGGAGUGUAUGGACAUGUGGACAGAGCUCACUGGGCUCCCUGUUUGAUGGGGAGUAGUUGGGAUUGCCAGGGCAGGUGACUGCCUCAUCAGAGAGGUAAGUAAGGUUGAUGCAAAAUAACUUGGUGUGUCAAGCAGGCAGCUAAUUGUACCAUUCUGAGGUGCCUUGGGCUUGAGGUACUAAUUUACAAAUUUUUGGAUGUCAGUAGUGACUGAGAGCUUGGCGGGCUGUACAGCGCUAAUUAGGGAGCAGUGUGGGAAGAGGUCCAGGUCAAGUGAGCUCCAAACUUCAAAGUUAGAGAGGGAAGGGAUUCGUGAAGGCAGAACACGGGUUAAGAUGGCCUCAGCACAGACUCCUCUCCCCUAGAAGAGGACAAGGUCUCAGGUCCCCCUUUUCUGGUAAUCGUUGCAAAGAAGCAGCCCAAAAGGGUUAAAAUGACAAAUUUCUUUUUAUACCUGAUGGUGAUAUAUGCCACUGGCCAUCAAGCUACCUGCAGAUCUAAGGCAGCAGUGAACUGGCUCACUUCUUAGUCAUGUGCAGAAACAGCUUUCAUUUCAAAACUGUAUAGCUUUUGUCUUACAAAAUUCCAGAAAACCCAGAAACCCAUGCUUAAUCACAUACUUGUAUCUUGUGAAACUCGUGGCUCUUUACAGAAUUAGUCCUUACAAGACUUCUCUCCAGUCUUAGUUUACUGUUUGUGAGACUUCGUCCACAUGAAAACCUCCAUUUCUGUUUUCAGGAAUGUCUUCACUGCAUCUCACAGUUUUCUGAGGCCAUUAGGCAGUCUUGCUAGGUAUCUAUCUGCCUCUGAGGAUUCAGUUUUCCAGGAAAGAGAGAUGCAGGCUGCCUGCUCAUCUGGUGCAGGGCUUUCUCAGCUCUGCCCUCACACAGUGCUUUGGCCUAGUGUACAUAAAGGCUAUCUGUGCUGUCCUCCCAAGCCCUUCCCUGGAGGGCAAGCAGUGCAGGGGCAGGGGUCCCAGAGCAGUGUGUUCCAGGGAUGCGUACAUGGAGUUGUCCCAGGGAAGCAGAGCUAGAGCAGAGCAAAGCAAUUAGCUUUUUAUCAAGCUGGAAACUCUGAAGCAGAUUGUACAUUUCCAUCUUUAAUACUGUUUCUUUUCUAAGUUUAGGGUUGUUUUUUUUUUUAACUUUUUCCCUUUUUUUUUUUUUGGCAGCUGAAAAUAAUGAUGGUAUUCACAUAAUUUUGAAGUGAUACCUUAUACAGACUGAACUCUAUUCAGUACCAAAUAAAGUCAUGCUUAAAAGUGUGUGAA